GUACCUUUUUUUUUAUUUUCAUUAUUAUGACAAAGAAAGAAAUAAAAUUCAUAUAAUAUUAAUGAGUAACUACAAUACAUUUAAUAAUUCAACAGAAAGGUAUCCUGGAAUCACUCCACCUGAUCCAUUACAAAGAUAUGGCUCUGCUCAUCUUGACCAAGACAUUUUUGGCAUCUCGGUUUCUCGUUUAAAUAUUGUUCAGCAAUUAGAAUUUGCAAGAAAAGUGCUUUGCAUUACAACAAGUCAAUUAUUAAUUUUAGCUUUUACCAUGUUUUUUAUUGUUAAAGUCUGUCCCUUAUUUGAAUGGCUUAAGAAUAGUACUUGGACUUGGUGGAUUCCUGUAGCACCUACAUUUUUAUUUAGUUUAAUCAUUAUUUGGCAACUUUGGAAUCAAUAUUUUCAACUAACGAAGGCAGUUAGGACGACUUUAUUAUGUUUGUAUACAUUAACUAUGUCACUUGUUAUAGCUAAUAUAGUUUCAAAAGCAGUGUAUGAAGAAGGUAUUUCUGUUAUUAUCAUGACCAUUUUUGGAUUAUCAUGCUGCAUUUUAUACACCUUUCAAAAAAGGUAUUCAUUUUCAGGUGUAUUUCCUUUUGUGUGUAGUCUAGGUGCCCUCUGUUUAUGUUCUUUAGGGCUAAGAUAUAGUUAUGAAAUGGAUCCUAUCGAAAUUUUGUUUCCUAUAACAAUAGCUAGUUUAAUAUGUAUUUACAUCAUUUUAGAACUAUAUUUUAUUAUGCAAAAUGUGACAUCAGAUGACUUUAUGUUGGCUAACGUUUGUUUCUUUGUUGAUGUUCUUUACCCAAUCUAUUUUAUACAUCACGUAUGUGAAUUAACAGACAAUUUUGAUAAUGUAUUUCCAGAUAUUUUAUACCCAGGAAAUUAAAUA